CGCACGGCAACAGGUGACUGGUUGUGUGACGGGCGGCAGCUGGGCAGUGCUACAGAGUCUCAAUCGUAUAUUUGUGCUAUUGGGGAAACAGUUCACAGUCCUAUGCAGUAUAUCCGACAUGUCCCAGCAGACCCUGUGGCAUACGUGCUCCAUCCUCCUUCCCGGCGUGGAUCUGGCCUCAUAAGGAUGCCUGCACCUCCCGUUGGGUUCCCUCCCAGCUUUGACACGUUUCCACUUCACCAAAUCCUUAACACGUGAGGCGAGUGCAUCUGGCGCCAUGUUCUCAGGUCGGACAGACAAGCGGUGCUUCUUCAUGUGUUUGGCCGCCUCUCAGCUGCUGUUUAUCUUGCUGUUGUAUCGGCGUGGAGCCUCCAGCAUGUUUCAGGGAAUUUUCGGAGCCUAUUCUGUAUGGGAUUAUUCGAAAACCCAUGACGUCUACACCAACCUGAGCCUAUUCAUUCCGAACCCCGAAGCCGCAAAGACUCGGUACUGUCCCAUCAGGUCUCCCAUACUUGUUGGUCCUUUAACCAUAACGCUCAACAAGCCGCCAAGUUUGAAGAAGAUCCAGAUGAAGAACCGCUAUGUGACGUCAGGAGGUAGCUUCAGCCCCAGGCACUGCUUUGGAACGUACCGCACAGCUAUAAUUAUACCACACAGGAACAGAGAGUCUCACCUCCGAAGCUUGCUCUACUACCUACACCCCUUCCUGCAACGCCAACAGCUGCACUACACGAUAUUUGUGGUCCAUCAGGCGGGGAACGCAACAUUUAACCGUGCUAAGCUCCUCAACAUCGGCGUAAGAGAAGCGCUGCGCUACGACAACUGGGACUGUUUAAUCUUACAUGACGUUGACCUCAUUCCGGAAAAUGACUACAAUCUGUACAUAUGCGACGAUCAUUACCCCAAGCAUCUCUCCAGCGCCAUUGACAAGUUCCAGUACAGCCUGCCAUAUUGGACAUAUUUUGGAGGAGUGUCUGCACUUACACCAGAUCAGUUCAUGAGGAUCAAUGGAUUCCCCAACACAUACUGGGGCUGGGGAGGAGAGGACGAUGAUAUCGCCAUGAGGAUUCGCCUCUCGGGGAUGAAAUUCACUCAUACGCCUUUAAGCCUUGGCCGAUAUAAAAUGAUCCCACACGACCGAGACUCCGGCAAUGAGGAGAACUCUUACAGGUAUAAUCUGUUAAGUAAAACAAGAAAAACCUGGAGAGAAGAUGGGAUAAACUCCAUAGAUUUCCGCCUGCUUUCCAGAGAGAAGGCUGAGCUCUACACCAACCUCUCGGUGGACAUCGGUGAAACUCCGGUCAUGCCGACCGAAGCAAGCAAGUGGUGGUGGUUUUUUUAGCCCUUGGUCAGGGGCGUACUGAACUACAGAGAAGCAUCCAGUGAUAUGGCUGAGGACUGCCUCCUACAGGAUGGUUUAGGACCUGCAGUCUCUUAUCCAGUCCCUAGUCACACCUCGGGGUGUCUUCAUAUGCGACAUAUCUCACAAUUACCAUUCCAGCUAAUUCUGCUCUCCAAAAGCCAUAUGGUGCUCCUUCCACUCUGAAGCCUGCUGUGCGCCCAUACAUCAGUUUUUGAGCACAUA